AUGACCCACCGCGGCAGGACGUCCUCGGGGCUCUGGAAGAUCACGGUGUGGGACGAGCCGUCCUUCCAGGGCAGCAGGCGGGAGUUCACCGCCGCCUGCGAGAGCACCGCCGAGCACGGCUUCAGCACCGUCCGCUCCUUCAAGAUCGAGAGCGGGGCCUGGGCAGGCUUCGAGCACAGCGGCUUCCAAGGGCAGCAGUUCGUGCUGGAGCGCGGCGAGUAUCCGUGCUGGGAGGCCUGGAGCGGCAGCAAUGCCUACCACGUGCCGAGGAUGUGCUCCUUCCGGCCCAUCGCCUGCGCCGACCGCCGGGAGAGCCGGCUGACGCUCUUCGAGCAGGAGAACUUCCUGGGGCGGCAAGGAGAGCUGCGCGAGGACUGCCCCUCGCUGCCGGCGCUGGGCUGGGGCAGCAGCGCCGUCGGCUCCUUCCACGUCCACUCGGGCGCCUGGGUGGGCUCCCAGUUCCCCGGCUACCGCGGCUUCCAGUACCUCCUGGAGAGCGACAGCCAGGCGGGCCGGUACGCGCACGUCCGCGACUGGGGCUCCCACGCGCAGACGGGCCUGCUCCAGUCCCUCCGCAGGGUGCAGCAGUGA